ACUAUUGAGUAUUCGUGAAAGCCACGUUUCGUUGAAUUUCAAAUGAGUUCAGAUUUUUUUACAAGCACUACGGAAUACUUGCACUUAAAAGUCGUGUCACUUUUGAGUGGAUCCGCGGCCAUGGUGGGACUGUGAUGGAUUGGGCUCGGCGUCUCUGCCGCUCUCUCCACGAACGAGUCGCGUCCCUCGGCGAGAUGAUGUGCACUCCCGCAUCACCGUGACAGCUUCCACACUGAAUCACGUGACAGAGAGGGAGAAAGGGAGAGAGAGAAAGAGCGAGAAGCUGGUGCCUUAUCCGCAGACGCACGGUGCUCGUCCAUGGGAUGCCAUAACAGAAAGCCCACGUCUGUCACCGCCUUUGUGGAUUACCUUUUCCAUCUUAAUAUGACCCGGUGCUGAAUGAACCCAUCUAUAGCGUCGAUUUGAGGAAGUAUAAUAUGUGGCGGUGGGUGUUUUUACCACACGUGGAGCGCGUCUGGGUGCCGUGUGAUGGAUGUGCGUGGAAAUUCGCUGUAGCGUGGGGAUGAAUUAGCGAUGAAGACACCGAGGGCUCAUGCUUGUCUUGGCCAAGGUCAGAUUGGAGCCAGGCUGUGAAUAUGUCCAUGUGGAGGGCACCUAGGAUGCCAUUACAGAGAACACAAGUCUGCUGGCUGCGUGGAUUUCUUUUUCGGCCCUCCAGCCUGGAACUGUAACUUGGCUAGCGAGAAAUCCAGCUUGACAUCCGGGUGUCCAUGGUGUUGACACCAGGAAUGGUGGAGACGUUGAGUAUCGCCGUCAUCGGUGCUCCCGCAGUGGGCAAAACUUCUAUCAUUCGCCAGUUUAUCUACAAUGACUUCUCGGAGGUGUAUACGCCGACCCGCUCCAGAUAUGUGUACCGACCCUCCGUCAUUCUCAACGGGAGCAUGUACGAACUGAAGGUCCUGGACGUCCCGCCGAUCUCCUCUUUCCCGUCCAGUUCCAGUCAGGAGUGGCUGGAUUUGCGUUGCAGAGGCGUUCGCAACGCCAACGCCUACAUCCUGGUGUACGACAUCUGCUGCGUGGAGAGUUUUGAAUACGUGAAGAUGAUCAGGCAGCAGAUAGUAGAACACAGGGAAGGCAGCAGCAGCGAAGUGCCCAUUCUGGUGGUGGGCAAUAAAAGAGACCUCCAGCGGCAGCGCUUCACGCCUCGCAGGGCGGUGUCGGUUCUGGUCAAGAAGACGUGGAAGUGCGGCUAUGUGGAAUGCUCAGCCAAGUUCAACUGGCACGUGGUCCUGCUCUUCAAGGAGCUGCUGGGCAUCGCCGUGGCGCGGGGCCUGCGCCAGAAUCACACCUCCAUCCGCCUGCAAGGGGCACUGCAGAGGAACCGCUGCACCAUCAUGUGACCCUCUCACCUCAGCAGGGGAGCAAAGGACUUCUUGAUCUUAAUGGCUGGAAACUCAAUACCCUGUGGCCUCCUGCUUUACUGAGCUGAUUUUACAUAAUGAGCAUUAUUGAGAAGCUGCGCUUGCACGAUUCCAUUCAUGGGUCUCAUCCAACCGCUUCCGAGUCGCAUUCUGCUGUUCACUUUUCUGGCAUACAAGUAAAGAGGAGUCGCCAUAUGACACAACAGGCCUUGCAUUGCAUAGACACUCGGGUGUCUGAUUCCUUACUUCUCUUAGUGACGGUAGACUAAUUGGAAAGAAGCUGCUUUCGUGAGACUCAAAGGGCGAGAGGCAGCAAGAUUGGUUGAGUCUUCCUUGUGAAUGUGUUCUAUUCAGUGAGGUAGAGGAGGUGACAACUGAAAAAAAUAUAUAUUUGGGGAGAUCUUCUUAAGAGAUGGAUUAGUAUGUUUCUAGAUUCAGUAAGGUAGCAUACAUUUCUCGGUUCAAUGACACUUUUUGUUACCUGCCCAUACUGCAGCUAUGAUGAUGUUUGUUUAGACUAAAGGUGUUGCAUAGUUGUCAUGCAGCGGAAAAUGCUGCAGUCCCUUAUCGUGAUGUACUGUAGGACCCCCACACCCACCCCAUCCCUUUUUCAUCAACCACCCCACUUCCCAUCCCACCCCUCUCACUCGGUGGCUGGUGAAUACAUUAACGCAAGGGAAUUAUGGACCUGCAGGAGGCUGCGGAGCCUGAAAAAAAGGCACUGCAUGCCGGUUUGAUUGUGUGUGGGGGGGGGGGGGGGGUGGCGAUUGGACAGUGCGCGUGUGUAUGAGAAGUGGCAUGCU